UAAAAAACGUUUAUUGAGCAAACGAAUCCUGUAUGUUCUUCCCCCAAGGCAGGAAACGCUCCCUGGGAGGGAGAGUAGUCUAAUGGUGAGCUAGGAAGUUUGGACUCAGGGUUCCGAGGAACCGGGAUUGAUCCUCAGUGAGCCAAGACUUCGGAAUUUGACCAAAGGUAAUGAGGGACUGGAGACCGGUCCAUCUGACUUCCGUCGGGGAUGGACGGGAGUCAGGAGGCAGACGCCUGCAUCUUGGUUCUCACAAGAGCCGAGAGGCCUAGGCUCGAGCUUAGGGCGAUCCGGAACUUGGAGGUUCGAAGCGCCCAGUUUCAGCUUCAGACGGAGGGCAAUGAUUCGGGGGUUCCUUGACAUCGGGAGUCAGUAACACCCGGAGUGGGUGGGGAAGGGGCCCUCAGAGCUCAGGCCCCGCCCCUUUCCGGGGGCGUUUCACCGGAUUGGUUGUCCUUCCAUAACGUCAUGCGGCUCCGCCCCGGCGCGCGCGCCCCGCCGCGUGCCCAGCCCAGGUAGCUGCAGCAGCCUACGCUGCCUUGGCCACUGACUGCCGCGCGAGGAGCAGGAGCCGGAGCCCGAGCCUGACCGGCGCCGGGCCCGACUUGGGGCUCCUGGGCCGCGGCGGCGGGCGGGCGAUGCUCCAGCGGCCUGACCAGCCAUGGAGGCCGAGGCAGGCGGCCUGGAGGAGCUGACGGACGAGGAGAUGGCGGCGCUAGGCAAGGAAGAGCUGGUGCGGCGCCUGCGGCGGGAGGAGGCGGCGCGCCUGGCGGCACUGGUGCAGCGCGGCCGCCUCAUGCAGGAGGUGAAUCGGCAGCUGCAGGGCCACCUGGGCGAGAUCCGCGAGCUCAAGCAGCUCAACCGGCGCCUGCAGGCAGAAAACCGUGAGCUGCGCGACCUCUGCUGCUUCCUGGACUCGGAGCGCCAGCGCGGGCGGCGCGCCGCGCGCCAGUGGCAGCUCUUCGGGACCCAAGCAUCCCGGGCAGUGCGCGAGGACCUGGGCGGCUGCUGGCAGAAGCUGGCCGAGCUGGAGGGCCGCCAGGAGGAGCUGCUGCGGGAGAACCUGGCCCUUAAGGAGCUCUGCCUGGCGUUGGGCGAGGAGUGGGGCCCCCGCGGCGGCCCUGGAGGCGCUGGGGGCUCAGGCGCCGGGCCAGCACCCGAGCUUGCCCUGCCCCCGUGUGGGCCCCGCGACCUAGGCGAUGGAAGCUCCAGCACCGGCAGCGUGGGCAGUCCGGAUCAGUUGCCGCUGGCCUGUUCCCCCGAUGACUGAAGGCACUGCUUCCUCCACGCCGACGCCCGCCCUGAUUGCUCCCCGAGCCCUGGAACUGCUGUGCACCUCGGGACCUGGACGCCGUCCUGGCUGCGCAGGAGGGGCCACUGGCAUGGACUAAGAAAUCCUGACACCGAGGAGGGCCCCUCGCUCUUGCUGGCAGGGCAGCAGGGGGACUGAAGGCUGGAGUGGAGGGACUUGCUGGGGGUUGGAUUGGGGUAAUAAACCGGGACGGAAGCGGA